GACGACUCACUAAGACAACAGGCAAGGAGGCCGCCACUACCCAAUGGCCCCGACAAAAACCAGCAAGGUCUCUUCGACUUCAAAAUCUUCAAUUCAAAAACACUCUGCGUCUGGUGUCGGAGCACCCUCCCAACUUGCUCAAUCGAGCCGUAAAGGCAAGAAGGCAUGGCGGAAAAAUAUUGACAUACAGCCUGUGGAACAAGGUCUAGAGAGUCUGCGUUCAGAGGAGCGAGUCAUCGGCUCCACGCUACAAAAACAGACAGACAAUCAAUUGUUUGUUGUGGACACCAAAGGAGACGAUAAAGUUCGCAAGUCGUUACCGCGGUACUCUAAGGCCGAGUUGACUUCCACGAAAAUACUUUCCCAACGAUCUGCCAUUCCUGCCGUGUUUUCUCGUCCGACAAAAGACUCUAUACCAUCACGAUCAAAAGUCAGUAGGGCUGACAAGGAGCGCCUUCUUCGCAUUGCAAAGCGGCCUAGAAAGGGUCCAUUCAAUGCAGUUAUGGACCACACAGAGUUUGGUGCAGGGAGUGCUGUAAUCGAUGUCAGCGCUGCUGUGAAACAUAGCGGUUCUUAUGAUCCAUGGGCAGCCGAGGAGGUGGAAGAAAUGGCUGAUGGAUUAGAACAUACAACAAAACCUAAGAUCAAGCGCCCGGAGUUAUCUCAUCCUCGCGAUGUCAUAGAAAUUCCUGCUGUGUUGGAGCCACAUCAAGGAUCAUCAUACAAUCCUCCUACCGCGGCACACAAUGAGCUUAUCAUGGAGGCAUGCAAGGUAGAGCGACGUAGACAAGAUGAAGCGGAUCGAUUGGCAGAAGUCCGACGCAAGGUCGCUGAUGCACGCGCAAUUGCUACCAAUGUCACGGAAGGCCUUCCACUUGGAAUGACUUUAGAUGAGAUACCCGCAGACGAUGGUGAACCAGUCGCACAGCACGAUGCGGUUGUACCCAAGAAGCCAUCGGCACGUAAAACUAAGCAGCAACGAGCAAAGGCGGUGCGAUUCCGCGAGGAGAAACAAGCACUGGCAGAAAAGGCAGCAAGAAAAAAAAUGCUUGCCACGAUCACAAUGGCUAAAUCUUUCCGUUCAACCGCGGAGAAAGUUAGCCAACAACAAAAUCAAGCACGAUUGGCAAGGCAGCUGGCACUGAAGAUGAAGCUCAGAAAGGGCUUGGCUGGCCAACGGCUAGGGAAAUAUAAAGUUCCUGAAAAUGAAAUCGAGGUUCAGAUUGGAGAGGAUCUGAGUGAAAACCUACGAACGCUGAAGCCCGAGGGCAACUUAUUCCGUGAUCGCUUCCGUAGCAUGCAGCAAAGAGCCCUCAUUGAGCCUCGCGUACCCGUCCUCCCAACUAGGCGAGCGAAGCUGAAAGAGUUUGAGAAGCACGCCUGGAAAAGAUUUGAGUAGCUAGUAUUACUCUUUCCUAUGUUACCGAACUUUGAGCUUCAAGUCUCACGGGACGCACCUGUGUCCAGCACAUGUUGUACAUCAGCUCAUGAUACGGCACCCGUAACUUUUGCACUAUGU